AUGCAGGCGCUGGCGUUCAGCAGCAGCUCCCUGGUGGGCAGCCGCGCGCUUGUGAAGCAGGCUAGCAAUGGCACCGCGCAAAAACUCGCGAUGAAGAGCCGCAGCACCUACCAGGUGCAAGUGGUGGUGGGCGACGAUGAGCCGCAGGACAAUGCUCUGAAGCGGUUCAGGCGGGAGGUCAUGAGCGCAGGCAAGCACCGCACUCACCGAUCUUUUUGCGUGAUUCCCGAGGUGCGGCGCCGGCGGUACUUCGAGAACUCUGUGGACGCCAAGAAGCGGAAGCACAAGGAGUCGCGCAUGGCGAUGAAGCGGCAGCAGGCGGUUCGCAACUUCAGCCAGGUGUCAGGCCAGGAGCCGGCGCCGUUCAGCGACAUGUUUGGUGCCAGCGACGACCUUGACCUCGCGCUGCAUCUUUAG